GAGGUGACCUUGGACCGCCUUCCCGGGUCAGAUGCAUUAGUUGGCGAGUAGGUCGAACUUUUACUUUGAAGGUAUGAAGCGGACCCAAGAGGAAAGGAAAACAACAGAGACGCUGUGACCAACAUGUCCGCCGGGUCGAUGCGUCUGAACCACAACACGAGUGCAGCCUGGCUGAGGUUCCUCCUCCGGAGUCAGCCCACCUGUAGACCCGCCCUGCAGGUCAGAGGGGUCAGCGCCGUCCAGCCAGGGACCUCUGCCCCCAACGAGGCCGCCGCCCGGGACCCCCACGCCCCCCCGCUGUUCUCCAGAUCCAGGACCGGUCUGUUCUUCCAGGCCCAGCCUCAGCUGAAGAACCCCUUUCUAGAAGACCCUCUGCUAGGCAGGUAUCUCAGGAGACACCUGCCCCCCCAGGUAAGGAUCAGACGAGUCGGGGAGGACGUCGCUGAAGCCGAGCCACAGCCGGACGGGUCCUACCGGCUCCACGGCUUCAAGUGGUUCACCUCCGCCACGGACGCCGACAUGACCCUCCCCCUGGGCCGGGUGGUGGGCCGCGAUGGAUCCACCCCCCCGGGCAGCCGGGGUGUGUCCCUGUUCUACGCUGAGGUCCGCCGGGACCCCCAGGGCCGGCUGGAGGGCAUCGAGGUCCAGCGGCUGAAGGACAAACUGGGGACCCGCCAGAUGCCCACUGCGGAGCUGCUGCUGGACGGCCUGCCAGCGCACCGGACAAGGGCAUGCAGGUGGAGGUGCGGGUGAACAUGGAGUGGUUCACGGGGAAGGUGGUGGCAGUGGAGGUGAACAAGAAGAGCGUCCGCUGGAAGGUCAAGUUCGACUACGUCCCGAGAUCCACGCCCAAAGACCGCUGGUGAGAUCCUGCUCCUGGUUCCUGCUCCUGUUGCUGGUCUGGCCCUCAGAGACACACCCACAGAGUUUUAGAGAACUACAGAAGAACACAGAGACGAUUAAAUACGCUUCAGUAGGCGUCCAGGCCACUAGAGGGCAUGAUGGGACCCAUAAAUAAGUCAAUCACUACAGAAACCAUCGUUCAUCAACAUAACCUGUGGAUGAAUGAUUACAUGUUAUACCUGUUAUGAUCACACCGUGUGUGUGUGUGUGUGUGUGUGUGUGUGUGAGACGUUUGUGUGUGUGUGUGUGUGUGUACUUGUGUGUGUGAAGAGGAUCCAGUCUGUGAUGAAACACUAAGUUUCUCUCCUUUAAAGGCAUCGUCCUGGAGCACCAGACCUGUACUGGGUUUUAUCAGUGUGUCUCUGUCUCCAGGUUGCUCUCUGGGGAACUCUUCUGUUUGCUCACCCUUUCAGUGCCCAAGUUCUACUCUCAGUCUGAUUUUUAAAGUCAUGAAAAAUGUUUUAUUAGGCGCUGCAUGUGUUUUCAGUCUUUUUGAAAACUCUUUACAUGAAAUAAUAAACCUGGUUCAUCGCCCACA